CCACUUUUGAAAGAACUAUUGUCGAAUAUAAGCAGCACUACAAUGGUGGAUGAAGGGAAGAAAGGGUUUGAUAGUGUUGGCAAAGCUACUACCAGAUUAUGAUUGGUUCCUUGUAGAAUCAAUCAAAGACUGGAACGAGAACGAGCUAUCUACCGAGGUCUUGAAUGAGAGCAGAAGUCGACUUUUUGAAGAACUUCACUUAAUAGCGAUUCGUCGGAGCAAAGAGACUAAUUCAGAUAGCUUUAUGGAUAUUGCACGAUUCUUCUCCAUAUACUCUGGAGGCGAUUAAGUACAUGAUCGUCUCUUGGUAAGCUACUACUGAU